CCUGGGCCACCAAAGCAGAACGUGUGCACUUAACCGUUGUGUCACCAGGCCAGCCCCUCAGUGCACAUUCUUGGUAAUGCCUGAAGUGUUGGAAGGCUGGGAUGCAGAGAGGCUUGUGUCAGAGCAAGAGUGGGCACUCUGAGUGGAGGGGUGGUUUAUAUUUCAGUAGCUACUGAGGACAUAUGAUUAGAGCAAAUGAAGGUACCAGUAAGGAGAAGAAUUGUACAUGAAUUGAGCUGGAUCCUAGAAAGAGACAAGAUCAUCCAGUGACCAGGCGUAGAAGGAGAAAAUUAGGAGGAGAAAGUAGAAAUAAGAGGGGGUGCUGAGUGUCAAGGGACAUUUCUGAAGAUUGUGAAGGGAAGUGGAGAUGUGAAAGUACCAUUCCACAAACCAAGGAUGGAAAGAGAGCAAAAGGAAGUGGCAUGAAGGAAAACUGCAGGCAAAAGGCAAAAUCAUUGAAAGGCAGCAGAGAGACAUGUAACAUGGAGAGAGCAACACUAUCCUUGUACCCCACAUCAUCCAAUGAGGCAUUUAUUUCCCAAUAGAUCUCCUCUCCUCUGGUCUGUUUCUACUAGUCCUAUGUUUACAAAAAAUGACUUUCCUUGUAGUUGACUAACAUUCCUGAUGAUUCCCCAUUGUCUGUCAGAUAAACCCUAGAGUCCAUAACAGUCCUUCAAGAAUUGGUACUAGACUCUAUCUCCAGGUUUAUCUUUGUGAUUCUCUGGUUUACUCCAGCUACAGAUGGAUGAAUUUUUAUAGCUUUGUAUACUCUGCUGCCUUUUUGGAAUGCUCUUCCCUUUUUAUACAUGUAACUAACUCCUAUUCAUUUGUCAAUUUGCAACUCGCAAGCUUUUCAGAUAUGCAAGGGAUUAUUAUGUAAUUCACCCAAUGAAUGAAGGAGUCUUUUAUUUUGUAUUUUCAGAUCACUCCACUCAAUUACUGCCUCCUGGUGGUGACCAUAUGGCUAACACAUACAAUGUGACUGAAUUCAUUUUUCUGGGACUUUCUCCUAAUCAGGAGGUGCAGACUGUUUGCUUUGCGCUAUUUCUGCUCUUGUACACAGCAAUUGUGCUGGGGAAUCUCCUCAUUGUGCUCACUGUCAUGACCAGCAGAAGUCUUGGUUCCCCCUUGUACUUCUUCCUCAGCUGCCUGUCCUUCGUGGAGAUCUGCUACUCCUCUACUUCAGCCCCCAAACUCAUCUCAGAUUUGCUGGCUGAAAGGAAAGCCAUACCUCUGUGGGGCUGCAUGACACAGAUUUUCAUCAUCCACUUCUUUGGUGGCACUGAGAUGUUCCUGCUCACUGUGAUGGCCUAUGACCGUUACGUGGCCAUCUGUAAGCCUCUGAACUACACUACCAUCAUGAACCGGCAGGUGUGUGCUAUCCUGGUUGGAGCAGCAUGGGUGGGGGGCUUUGUGCAUUCCUUUGCCCAAAUCCUUCUCAUCUUCCACUCGCCCUUCUGUGGCCCCAAUGUGAUCGACCACUAUUUCUGUGACCUGCUUCCUCUGCUCAAACUUGCCUGCUCUGACACCUUCCUCCUUGGUCUUCUGAUGGUUGCCAAUGGGGGGUCUUUGUCUGUGGUCAGCUUUGUGGUCCUCUUAAUCUCCUAUGUGGUCAUCUUGGUCCAUUUGAGGUCUCGAAGCUCUGAGGGGCGGCGCAAGGCUCUCUCCACUUGCGGGUCCCAUAUCACCGUGGUUUCCUUGUUCUUUGGGCCCUGCAUCUUCAUCUAUCUGAGACCUUCUACGACUCUGUCUGUGGACAAGAUGGUGGCCGUGUUCUACACAGUGAUCACUCCACUCCUCAACCCUGUCAUCUACUCCCUGAGAAAUGCAGAAAUGAAGAAGGCCGUGAAGAGGCUGUGGAUCAGGACAAUGAAUCUAGAUGAGAAAUAGAGGCCAAGUCUUGGUAUUGAUCCCUGGGUUUAGAAUGAUGCUGAGUCCAAACUGAUGGGGCAGAAUGGGAUGGAGAAAAGUUCACAUUACUUGUUAGUUCUAAAGUUAUUUUAACUGGUUCCCAUCUUCAAAAACUUUGUUCUAAUCACUUGUAAAAUUUUUCCUCUUAUGGGUGUACUAUGCCUUAAUUAACCAUUUUCUGUUAGAUGUUUAGGUCAUUUCUAUUUUUUUACUACUAUAAGUAAGUCUGUGGUGAGAUUCUUGAAUAGAAGAAACCUUUUGCUUCUGAUUUUCUUUCAGACUCACUUGCUACAGUAAAUUUACUAUUUUAAAAUCUAUAAUGACUUUAUGAAUAGUGUUAAAUUUAUUCUUAUAAAAGUUGUAAUAAUUCACCUUCCUUUUGAAAAUGCUCUUGACAGAAUUGAACAGUCAUUAAAAUUUUCUUGAUGAGAAAUGAGAUUUGGCAUAGUCUCAAAAUAUCUUCCCACAAGAUGCUUAUUAAUUGUGAGAGGAAAAAUAUAAGUCUACAAUGGAGAAACAUGGAAGACACUUCCUUAAACAGUUACUCAAAGUCAACAUCGUCAAUAUUGAGACUGGAGAGGCAUGCAAUACUCUGAUAUUCUUACCCAAAAUACAUAACCUGAGUCUAAUAAUGACAAGAUAUCAGGCAAACCUCAAUUGAAGAACAUGCUGCAAAAUUACUAGCUUGCAUUCUUCAAAAGUAGCAAGACAAAGAAAUUGAAGAACUUUUCCAGAUUACAGAUAGAUGAUAACUAAAUGCAACCUGUGAUCCUUGAUUAGAUCCCAUACUAGAUGAAGGUCAUUAGUGGGUGAAAACACUGAGAUGAGAUAAUAGCAUUGUGGCAAAGUUAAUUUCCCGAUGUUGAUAAUUCUAGUGUGUUUAUGUCAGAGAAUGUCCUUGGAUUAAGGAAUUAUUUACUAAGGUAUUUAAAUGUAAAUGAUGAUGAUGUCAUCAAAUUUCAAACCUUUUAAUUAAAAAUUCUAUCUACCUCUCUAUCCAUUUGUCAACUGAGAGAAUGAAUAAUAAAGAAAAUGUGGUAAAAUAUUAAUAUUUCGGAAAUUUGGAUUAAAGGUAUACAAGAAUUCUUUGUAUUAUUAUUACAACGCUUUUGUAAGUCAGAAAUUAUUUUGAAAUAUAAAGUUAAAAUAUUUUACAAGUUACAUAGACAUGUUUAAUUUGCAUUUUUUGUGAGUGAGGAGGGUUUUAAUGUUCAAUUAGCUUUGAGUCUUAUAUGCAAAGUUUUCAAUGUUCAAACCUUUAUAUUUCUGCACAGUAAAAUCUAUCAGUUUUUUCUUUGAUUCUGCCACGUAUCUGUGUUUAGAUUAUUUUGCGUGAUUAGUUAAAUUUAUAUUUUCUUUUAAAAAUACUUAAAUUUUUAAUUUAAUUUUGUGC